AUGGCGUUACGCAGACAGCAUGGAUAUGGGAUCGCGGUCGGCCACGAAGAUGCCAGACGACCGAGCCUACAUAUCCAGGAGAAAGGAUGGAAGGACUCUUUUCCUCAGUCGCUUGGGAGACGGGUAGUCAGAAAGAUCCGCUCAGAGUCUCGUCCUCAAACAGGGGGAUUCACUGAGAAUCGUCAAAUACAAAUCGUUUGCCAGUACACAUCAGGGUUUUCACAGACUAGCCUUCCCCGAAAAAUGGUUAGUGAGAGGACAACCAAGCCCAUCACGGUACGCGAGCAAUGCAUGUCUCGGGGCUCUCUCGGAUGGCACAUGGGACUCUCAUUCGUCGAGGUGUACGCAAGCGGCGACCUCACUCUGGAAGUGUAUCUUGAACUCGUCACCUUCUUCGAUGUCGUCACGUCACGUAGCCGUUUCCGCUCCGAGAAGCUAAAUCGAAUCAGUGGUGGCGUCGUGGCGGAGAAUUCGGCACCAUGUGUUUUCCAAAUACCUACCUACACUUACUUGCAUAGCACCAUUCACGGGCGCUUAUCAUCGUUUGCCUUUGACCGAAGAUGGAUAUGGCGAGGGGGAGGCUGGGAGGCAAAGGCGGUGGACGAACAACGUGGGAUGCUUGAGAGAGAGAAAAAAAUUGACCCCCGCUUCUUCUCCUUGGACCUUCUCUCAUCCACACCCUUACCCAUUGACCGGCAAACAUGGGGCGGGGAUCGCAAUGUCUUGACAUCGAUGGCGUUCGGUUGGGGCUGCCGCUAA